AUGUUUACAGUGAGGAGCGUGUUCGCUGAUGUGCCCUUCCUCACCCGAACAAAACCGGGUGCCCGAACAACACCGGGCACCCCAACAACACCGGGCGCCCCAACAACACCGGGCGCCCCAACAACACCGGGCGCCCCAACAACACCGGGCACCCCAACAACACCGGGCACCCCAACAACACCGGGCGCCCCAACAACACCGGGCUCCCCAACAACACCGGGCGCCCCAACAACACCGGGCGCCCCAACAACACCGGGCGCCCCAACAACACCGGGGGCCCCAACAACACCGGGCGCCCCAACAACACCGGGCGCCCCAACAACACCGGGCACCCCAACAACACCGGGCGCCCCAACAACACCGGGCGGGCCCCAACAACACCGGGCGCCCCAACAACACCGGGAGCCCCAACAACACCGGGCCCCCCAACAACACCGGGCGCCCCAACAACACCGGGCGCCCCAACAACACCGGGCGCCCCAACAACACCGGGCGCCCCAACAACACCGGGCGCCCCAACAACACCGGGCGCCCCAACAACACCGGGCGCCCCAACAACACCGGGCGCCCCAACAACACCGGGCACCCCAACAACACCGGGCGCCCCAACAACACCGGGCGCCCCAACAACACCGGGCGCCCCAACAACACCGGGCGCCCCAACAACACCGGGCGCCCCAACAACACCGGGCACCCGAACUAGUGAAGUGUUCCUAA